AUGCCUUCCCAAGUGGCAACAUGUUUGCGCCUCGCGCGUCAGUUCUCCAACCCUGCCCAGCACCAACGUUUCAUUGCCCGCGCAUUCUCUAGCAGUGUCCGCCGCAGUGAUAUUAACAAGGUGUACCCCUCCGCCGAGGCGGCAGUCAAGGACAUGAAGUCUGGCACGACUCUGCUCGCUGGUGGAUUCGGGUUGUGUGGUGUGCCUGACACGCUGAUUGACGCUGUCCUGAAGAACCCCUCUAUCAAUGACUUGACUGUGGUCAGUAACAACGCUGGUAUUGACGGAGCUGGUCUCGGUCUGCUCCUCGAGUCCAAGCAGAUCUCGAAGAUGAUUGCUUCUUACGUUGGUGAGAACAAGACCUUCGAGAGAAUGUAUGUCACUGGUCAGAUCGACUUGGAGCUCAGCCCCCAGGGAACUCUCGCUGAGCGCUGCCGUGCCGGUGGUGCGGGUAUCCCCGCAUUCUACACACCUGCCGCCUUUGGUACCGUGGUGCAGUUCGGUCAGGUGCCCCUGCGACACAACCCCGACGGCACAGUCGCAAAGUACAGCGAGCCCCGCGACACCAAGGUGUUUGAUGGCAAGAGCUACAUCAUGGAGGAGGCAAUCAAGGCUGACUACGCUUUCGUCAAGGCAUGGAAGGCCGACAGACUUGGUAACUGCUUGUUCCGCCACACAGCCAACAACUUCAACGGCGCCAUGGGCCGUAACGCCAAGAUGACCAUCGUUGAGGCUGAGCACAUCGUCGAGCCCGGCGAGAUUGAUCCCGCUGCCGUCCACUUGCCCGGUAUCUACGUCAAGCGUGUCAUCCAGAGCACUUUCCCCACGCAGAUUGAGAAGUACACCUACGCCAAGGAGGAGGGUGCUGACACCGCUGCUCUUGGUAAGGGUGAGACCGCCAACAAGCGCGAGCGUAUUGUCCGCCGUGCCGCUAAGGAGUUCAAGAACGGCAUGUACGCCAACCUCGGUAUUGGUAUGCCCGUCCUUGCUUCCAACUUCGUCGACCCCUCCAUCGAGGUUGUCCUGCAGUCCGAGAACGGUGUUCUCGGUCUCGGCCCUUACCCCAAGAAGGGUGAGGAGGAUCCCGAUGUCAUCAACGCCGGCAAGGAGACUGUCACUCUCAAGGCCGGUGCCAGCUGCUUCGGCAGUGACGAGUCCUUCGCUAUGAUCCGCGCCGGUCGUGUCGACAUGACCGUCCUUGGUGCCAUGCAGGUCAGCGCCAAGGGUGACUUGGCCAACUGGAUGGUCCCCGGUAAGAUUAAGGGCUUCGGCGGUGCCAUGGACUUGGUCUCCAACCCCUCCGCCACCCGGGUCGUCGUGACCAUGGAGCACACCGACAAGAAGGGUAACCCCAAGAUUGUCAAGACCUGCGAGUUCCCUCUCACUGGCCCUGCCUGCGUCAGCCGUAUCAUCACCGAGCUCGGUGUCUUCGACGUUGACACUACCAGCGGCCUGACUCUUAUUGAGAUCGCCGACGGUGUCACCGUCGACGAGAUCAAGGCCAAGACCGAUGCUCCCUUCAAGGUCGCCGACGACCUGAAGCCCAUGCUGUAA